AUGUUGACAGCACUAAAUAACAGUGAUUUACAACAAAUUACUAUAAAUUAUACUGAUAAAACUGUUCAUUUGGACCCUGGAUGCAGUUUUGACGUGACUUGGAGUUGUGGAGGGGGACAAUUUGCAACAAGUUUGAAUAAGUCUCAACAACAAAAUCAACCAGAAAAUAUUCCAAAACCAAAUUAUAAAAUAUUAACAAAAAAUGAAUUAACAACAAAACUUGAAACAGCAAUAAUGCCAAAAUCAUAUAUAAAAUAUAUUGAAAAUGAAGGGGAAAAUAAAACAAAUGAAAUUGAAUAUGAUUUGGAUAGAGAAGAUUUGGAAUGGUUAAAAUUAAUUAAUUUGAAGAGGAAGGAGAAAGGUUACAAUUUUAUUGAUGAUAUUGUUUUUGAGAAGGCAAUUAAUUUGUUGGAAAAGGAAUCGUAUUUUCAGUAUGUCAAAACUGGUCAAUCAAAUGCUUCAACUCUCCCUUUAACUGAUGAAGAUGCUCCUUGUUGCAUUUGCAAUGAUGCUGAAGAUAGCAAUGCAAACCAAAUAAUUUUUUGUGACAUGUGUAAUGUUGCUGUACAUCAAGAAUGUUAUGGUGUUCCUUAUAUUCCAGAAGGUCAAUGGUUAUGCCGUAAAUGUCAGCUUUCACCUUCUGUUGUUGUAAAGUGUGUUUUGUGUCCUUUCACUACUGGAGCAUUUAAACAAACGGCUGAUGGACGUUGGGUACAUGUAAUUUGUGCAAUUUGGAUUAAUGAGGUUCACUUUGCAAAUACUGUUUUUCUUGAACCUGUAGAAGGUGUUGACUUUGCUUUAAAACGUCGAAAGAAAUUAACGUGUAUUGUUUGUAGAAAUAGAAUGGGAGCUUGUUUGCAAUGCAGUCAUAGAAGUUGUGCUCGUUCAUUUCACGUUACUUGUGCAUUUUAUGCUCAUGUCAGAAUGGAACUUAAAGAAAUGAGAACAAAAAAGAAUCCUGAUACAAUUGCUGUUAAUCGUUUUGUUUAUUGCCAUCAACAUUCACACAAUGGCCCAAGUACUGAAGAAACUGCUGCUGCUUGGAAGCGUGAAAUUCAAUGUAAAAUAGCUCAAGCAAGGAAAAGACUUCAUGUAGAGGCCAAAAAACAGAAUAUGUCUGCACCAAUUCCUGUAAUUCCUCAUAACAAGAUUGUCCAAUUAGCUGAUGAUCUUUCUAUUGAACAUUUUUCUGAUAUAACUGCUUAUUGGGCGCUAAAGAGGCAGUCAAGAAGUGGUGUUCCUUUGAUUAGAAGAUUACAGGUUUAUCUCGGUCAGCAAAAGCCAAUUGAAGGACGCCUUUCAAGAGGAAUUGACAUAACAACAACAAAUCGUUUGGGUAUUUCUCCUACACGUGUAGAACAACAACACCUUGAAUUACAACAAGGAGGAGGAGGAGACAAUCAAAAUUCUUUAAUGAAAAUGGCAUUACUUCGAAGAGAAUUUGAAAGAGUUCGUCUUUUGAGUGAAUUGGUGAAAAAGAGAGAAAAAUUGAAAAAAGAGUCCUUAUCAUUUGAUGAAAAAUUGCUUUCAAUGAUAACACCUGUUGCAAUUUUAAUUAAAAGAACAUUGGAAAAGCUCAUCUCAAAAGAUCACCAAGAGGUGUUUAUGAGCCCAGUAUCGGAAGAAGACGUUCCUGGUUAUCGAAAAUUUAUUGCUCAUCCAAUGGAUUUUUGUCAAAUGCAGAAAAAAUUUGAAAUGGGUCAAUACAAACGGGUUGCUGAUAUUCGCUCAGAUUUUCUUUUAAUGAUGAAUAAUUGUGCUACAUUUAAUCGUGAUAACAAAUAUUUUUAUGAUUAUGGACAAAGAAUUAGACAAAUUGGACUUAAAGUUAUUAGAUCAGCUGAAAUUGAAGAAUCAAGAAUAUCACAAACCCUUCAAAUGGUCGAAACCUUUAUUAGUCGAUUUGAAUUUCUUAAGGAAGAUUAUAUGAACAAAUUAAAAUUGGAAUUGGAACAAAAAGGAAAGAAGGUUACGGGUGUUUCUGAAAGUGGUGGACGAAAAAAUGUUGAGAAACAACCUAAGAAAUCAAACAGUACCACGAAUAAAACUGUUGAUAACAAUAAUGCAAAUAACUUGACUCCUUCAAUCUCCGCUUCAAUUGAUAAGAAAAAACAACAACAAAAUUCAAGAAAGAAAAAUUCUUCCGUUGAUGACGACAAAAAGAAAAAUGUUAAAGAAAAACAACAACGACGACGAAGAAGUUCAAAGAAAAUAAAUAAAGAUACUUCUGGUGAAUCUAUAAUAAUUGUUGAAGAAAAACCGAGUACAUCAACAACAAUAACAGAUAAUUUGAAUAAUGAUGGGGAAGAGUAUGUUGAAAUUUGUGAAGAAAAAGAAGAGCAACAACAACAUUUAAGUACACCUCGACGACUUUCUACAUCUAGAAAAUGCAAACUUUCAUCAACAUUAUCAACUCCUGGAGGACCAUCUGAUGAACAACCAAAAAUUCCAAGAAAGCGAACCAGGACAGAUAGCAUCAAUAAAAAUUUAAUUAAAAAUGCUGCAAAGAUUUCCACAUCUGUUGGUUCCACUACUGCCUUUGAUAGAGAUAAAGUUGUUGGUAACACUAACAAAAUUACAAAUUAUUUGACACAUGAUUGUGGAAGUGUUGGAUUAAAUUCAACGCACCAAAUUUCAAAUGUUAAAAAUACUCCCAAUUGUUGUAUUGGAAGAAAUGUUAAUAAAAACAAAAAUUUUACAUAUGCUUAUUUAACUGAAGCUUCAUCAGCAGCCGAUGAAGAAGAUAGUUAUGAUAAUGAAGAUGAAGAAGAUUUGUUGUUGCCUCCUAUUAAUUUAACAAAAAAUGGAGUAAAACAACGGCAACAAUCAAAUAAUAAUAAAUCAAAUAAAAGAUUGAGGAAAGAAAUGAUACAAAAUAAUAAUAAUAAUUCAAAUGAUGAACAAUUUCGUAAGAUUUUUUUGGAAAUUUAUUUGAAAAAUUUGUGGGAAGGGUAAAGAUGGCGUACUUUGUUUUUUUUGCAGGUUUUGUUUUUUUGCGGAUUUUUUGGGGAUUUUUAAGGAACUUUUUUUCCUAUUUCUUAUAUUAACGUAGCGCGCUGUAAUCAGAGGUGGGUCGGAACAGUCAGAGGUGUCGGAAAUCGGAAGAGCUGGAAAUCGGAACUGGCUCAAAAGUCGGAAAUCAAAAAUUUUUUCGGAAAUCGAAAGGAGAAAGAAAUUGGAAUUCCGACCCACCUCUGGCUGUGAUGCUACAACGUCUAAAAACCAAACCCUCCAAAAGUUGCCGAAAUGUCAGCCCGGGGGGAUGGCGUCGAAAAUUCUUAAAUUAAUUGCCCUAGAUACUUU